CCCCUCCGGUCCCUGAUGCUCUCCUUCUCUCAGGGACACCUGGAGGCUGCAGGCUAUUUAAGUGGCCGUGGAAGGUCGGGUCGGCAUCAGAACCGCCUGCGUUUCAGCAUGAAGGUCCUCCUCCUCCUCCUGCUCGUGGUCACGGCCAGCGGUAGGGUCUUCCACCGAUGUCAGCUGGCGAGGGCGCUGAAGUGUGCUGGGAUGGCGGGCUACGCAGGGGCCUCGCUGGGAGACUGGGUCUGCUUGGCCAGGUGGGCGUCGCAUUACAACACCUACACCAGGAGACGCCAGUGUGACGGCUCGGUCGGCUACGGCAUUUUCCAGAUGAGCAACCGGCAGCUGUGCAAGGAUGGGUGCACCCCGUCACAAAACAUCUGCCAUGUCCCCUGCAGGAGGUUGCUCACAAACCUACGGUCUGCAAUUCACUGUGCCAGGUGUGCUGGUCGCCGGGCGAGUUACUGGACAAUCUGGAGGCGGCACUGCCAGGGAAGGAAUGUCAACUGCUACAUCCGCGGCUGCGGGGUGUGAGACACGGAGAGAACCGCCUUUCCUCGCGCUCUGCCCGGAUCGCGCUCAGUCCGGAUCCCGCUCUUCUCCUCUUCCAUACCCAGCUACACUUGCAAAGGCUCAAUGCUGAGGCACUUUUCGUUCAUUUGCAUGUCAGUUAAAAAAUAAUUUAAAAGAUUAAAUUCACGCAAAAAAUAAAAAAUGCUACUUGAAGACAUAUCUUCUUUUUUGCCAGUCAACCUUUUUUGUUAUGAUGAGCUAGACUUUAAUAAAGACAUAAUUUGCAGUUGAA